CACUAUUGUCAUGAGCAUCACAUUAAUGAUGGAAGCUGUAAGCACGGUAUUUUCAACGUGGCCGUGAUAAUUGCGACUGUUUUUGGUAGUUAUACUAAACACGAGUGUCAUAGGAACAGCAAGGUUACGACGAAUCUCUCUGCAGACACUUUGGCGUAACUGUCAAAGAUGGCAGAAGACGAGAGUUGUCUUAUGUUUCAUGAAAUGGGACUGGAUGAUCGCUUGCUGAAAGCAAUCGCCAAGCUUCGUUGGUCCAAACCUACGCCGAUUCAGGAGAAAGCCAUUCCACUUAUACUGGAAGGUAAGGACGUCCUAGCUCGCGCACGUACCGGUUCCGGAAAGACGGGGAGCUUCGCUGUCCCACUUGUUCAAAAGUUGCUUGUCAAAAAGUUGAAUAACGUGGAGCCCGCGACGCGUGCAAUCGUGUUGGCACCGAGCAAAGAGUUGUGUCACCAAAUCUAUCGGAAUUUCGUUGAGCUAACCACGUCAUGUAGUGAUACCAUCCGUUGUGCUGACGUUUCCGGUCAGGUCGACCUGGUCGCCCAACGUCCAAUAUUAGUUGAGCGACCUGACAUCGUUGUUGGCACGCCAGCACGAGUGCUGGCACAUCUACAAGCUGGACACAUUGAUCUGAAGACACAGCUGGAAGUCCUGGUUGUUGACGAAGCCGACCUCGUCUUUUCAUUUGGGCAUUCCGAAGAUGUGCAUGAAAUACUGAAAUACAUGCCCCAACUCUAUCAAGCCAUUUUGAUGUCAGCGACCCUUACACCGGAGGUGCUGAACCUUAAAAGCGUAGCAUUGCGAAAUGCGGUUAUUCUCAAGCUAGAAGAACCAGCACAACAUGACCAACUUUCUCAGUAUAUCAUCCGCUGUGAGGAAGAUGACAAAUUUGCAGUCCUUUGUGCUCUCUUCAAGUUGAAGCUUAUUCGUGGAAAAACUCUCAUGUUUGUGUCUUCAGUUGAUCGUUGCUACUUAGUCAAGCUGUUCCUCGAGCAAUUUGGAAUUCGUGCUUGCAUCCUCAAUUCAGAGCUCCCAGUGAGUUCCAGGAGCUUCAUCGUGACGCAAUUUAAUGAAGGACGGUAUGAAAUAUUGAUUGCGUCAGAAGAGAAGAGGAGCUUAGAAGACCAAGUUCGAGGGAGAAGGCCCAAAUCGUCAAAACGGAAACAAGACAAGGAGUAUGGUGUUUGUCGCGGCAUAGACUUUCAGUUUGUGUCCAAUGUUAUCAACAUCGACUUCCCUUCAUCCGUCCAAUCCUACAUCCACCGUGUAGGUCGGACUGCCCGGGGAAACAAUCAAGGCUCAGCACUCAGUUUUGUGAAAAGCAAAGAAGAACAGCUGCUGCUUUCAGUUGAACAAGAGAUGCCCUUGGGUGCACUUCGUCCUUAUCAGUUCAAAAUGGAAGAAAUUGAAGGCUUCCGGUACAGAAGCAAAGAUGCGUUGCGUGCCGUGACUCGCAUUGCAAUUCGCGAAGCACGUCUGAAAGAAAUCAAGGCAGAGAUGUUGACGUCAGAGAAAUUGAAGUCAUACUUUGAAGAGAACCCACGUGAACAUAAACUUCUGCGGCACGACAAAGCGUUGCAUGUGAUAAAGCAUCAGCCGCAUUUGAAGAACGUACCAGAGUACAUUGUACCACCAACUCUCCAGAGAAUCACUAGUAGAAAGAGACGUGGCCAAGAUGAUGAUGAUGGUGAUGAAGUAGUUGCUGCUGGACCCUGCGGAAAUGACUUCAAAAUGAAGAAGAGGAAGAAACGAGGGUUUGAUGGUGGAAAGGCAAAGAAACAAAGCAAUCCAUUGCAGAGUUUUAAGUUUGAGGUUGACUAAAAUGUGUAUACAAAGACAUUUUUUUCUUGUUUGUGUUUGUCAUGCACUGCAUGUACAUGGGGCUGUAAUUCGCAAAAUGUUACACACAGAGGUAAUAUAGUCAGCAUGCCUCAAUGUCUGUUUUUUGUCUAAUUUUGACAUAUGAUGAGUACACUUUAUGAUAUUAUGAGUUUAUAUGAGUAUAUUAUGAUGAUAUGAUGAGUUUAGACAGUAUAUUGGUCCAUAGCAAGAGUGCUAAGAAUGCCUAGAACACUGGACAAUCGUGGAAAGCCUGCUUAAUCGGGGAGUAUAAGUGGCUAUGAUUCCUAUCCUGAUGUGCUGUUUCAUGCUGAGGAAUGCAGUAUGUGCUGUAUUUUGAUUUGCAGUGUCUGCACGAGCAAUAGGAAGUGGAUCCGAAGUGACAUCAGUAUAAAUUUUAUUUUUUUUAUGUUAAUGAUGUGGAGAAGAAAAUAAAAUUUUAUGUGCCAAUUAACGUGCCACGAAUAUGUGCCUGUCUGUAAAACUAAUGCUGCCUUGUGAAACAUACUGGGGCAUAUCUAGAUGAUGAGAUGAGAGGUCAGUAUUACAGUUGAGGGCUGCUUAUACUCCGUCAUAACCUCGACUAUCGAGCGCACGCAACAAGGGUAACUGCUGUCCGAGUGUUUAUACCCGAACGGCAUAGAAAGCGCAUAGUAAAUCAGCGUGCUCUGCGACGAGCUAUGCUGUUUACGGUUGGAGUAACAGCAUUUUAGGUUGGAACAGCUUUAUGUAUUAUUGACGACAUGAGCCUAAACCUGUAAAAGCGAAGGCACGCUCUGCACAGGCAAGAAGGGCAGGGCGAGGGGGAUCUGGAUAACUCACUGCUUCUAGUGAGAGCUAUCCAGACCUGGUAAUGAUAGUUGCUGACCAGAUGGAUGAAUGGUGAUGGUGAUGGAUGAUGGUGAACAUGGAUGAAUGGUGCUUAAUAGAUCAUGCAUGUGGAACCCAAUGCAACACCUAAGCUCGAGCAUCGGGGCAUGGGUGCAGGGGAUGCUUGAGAGAUUGGUGACAAAAACGGCACAAAGGCGACUCACGAUAGGCAAUCUCAAAGUGGUAGGUCAUGAUAAGCUACUGCAAACUUGCUCUCAUCUAACUUUCAGUACUGAAGUGCCUCGAUGAUGCGGCACUGUGUGUAGACACGGGUCCUGCUAGCGCCAUAUUGAGCCAUCAUCUAAGUGGAACUGGGAAAACAUGCACGUACACACUACGUACCUUGCCCCUCAAAAUGUGCUCGCUAUGUUUCAGCACUGAAUAUCUUUUUUUUUUUUUUCAGCAUAAGCAUAUGGUUCCCAACUUUUAUCCAGCUUCCAAAACCAUCCAUUAAAUGAAAAUAGUUGGAAACAAAGACUGGAAUGUAAACUGCAUGCUAAACACUAUUUGAUUGCUCUUGAUGUUUUUUCAGAGUCUGUGAUUGGGUACAGUCUCCCUAGAGGUCACAAUCUUACAAAGGCCCGUUUUAGAUGAUUUGUGGAAGUAGUGACACAGACAAAAAUAUAGCUCUUGCACCAUUAUGUGAAGCAUCAUCACAGAUGACCAACAUGGAUUGCAACAUAUUUAUUCGUAACAAAGUGCUCUACUUCUCCAAAAGGCAUAAGUGCCUGUGAGAGUCUUGCUAGUGUACGAUUCACUUGACAUGUUUCGAGUGUCCACCAGAUGCAAAUGCAAAGCACCAUUCACACAAAACACUCCAUGAUGUCCGAUUGUUCGCUGCAAAAAAUCUGCGUCAGUAGGACACAUUCCAAAAGACAACUUUGUAUGAGUUAAGUCUGCAUUGUGUGGAGAUAGAGGAAGAGGUGACUGUUAAUAAUAGAAUCUUAGGAGGCGAAGGAAUUGCUUGCAGGCACUAAGUGGCUCCUGUUGAGGACCUAUUCGAUGUCAUGCUUUAUUGCCAUACACACUAAUCAAAAAGUGAAUAUUAAAUGAAAUCUACUUGGAGCGUGUGAUUUCUGAUAAGGGGGCAUAUAUGUCUGUCAGAUUAACUGUGUGAUGUUGUUGAAGCAGACACAGACUUGCAAUGAUUGGCAACAGGGGAGACCAUUUACUACCAGUCUCAUCCAGACCUACUCUUAGAACUUUCAUAUAUUCACAUAUAUGUCAGGGCUUGUCCAGUGCUUCUAAGUUUCUUGAGGUGUGAUGAUGCUGCAUGAACUGUGCUAUCCUAUCUGUACAUGGGCUAUCCCAUAAGAAAAUUCUCUCUGUAGGAUUGAGGUUUUGGCUUGUUGGUAUCUCAUAGUGGAGCGUAAAGUGCGAGCCUCUCUGUAGCCUGUUGUACCUCUGAAAUAAUGUGAUUCAGAUAAUGAUACUAAUAAUAAAUUUACUUUUGGAUGCUAUGAUGUGGCGAUAUGCCAAAUGUGUGAGGAAAUAUACAGAAGGAACCAUACAAACACGUUUCGAUUUUCUAGGGGGAAAAUUUUAAGAUGGAUGGCUAUCAGGCAGCUGUUCACAUGCCUUGCUAGUGAUGUGCAGGUCCCCGCAAAAGUUUGCUGAACACUGGAGCGCCAUCUUCUGCCUGGAGUGUCACACUGGAGUGCCUGGAGUGUCUUCGGAGCGACACCCUUGCAGAAAAUGGGAGCAGAUACGCUUACGGACAGGUGACUGGGUAUUCUAUGUAUCCCUCAGUAACGAUGUCCACUCCAGUUGACUGCUAGGGUGUCUGUCCUAUCAAGAAAUAUGUCAUUAUAAUGUUCCAUAAACUUUUGUUGACUAGGGGGAAUUAGAAUUCUAAUUCCCACUAGUCCCAUCUCUGUGCUGCAGUUACCACAUGAUCUAUUACCAACUUCCCCGCUUUACCCCACUGGUGCACCUCAGAGCUGUUGCAAAGAGGAGAUUCUUCGAUGUCUGCCUCCACCACUUAAUUAUAUGUGGAUGCACAAGCGGGUAGUGCUGCAUUCAGAGCUUCCAUGACCCACACACAGCACUUGUGUGUAGUCUACUCAAACGUAAGAAAUAGUUUGUCCAUGUAUUUGUGUAAUGUGCAAAAGAUCCCUUUGAUGCAGCACGACAUGAUGCACAGUGUUUUAUUUUGGUUGGCGCUACUGAAAUUAUUUCUCGCUAAUGUCUGAGAAUGGGGUUAUUGUCACAUACCUUUAGGCAAAUAAGUGAUAUACUGCUUCCAUAGAUGAACCCUGGACUUGUUAUAUAGAGGAGGAUCUUCAUCCCAAUACAUACAAGAGGUUCACAAGCCAAAAUCCAUGUAUUAACCAAAAGAUUAUACGUACAAAGCACAGAAUAAGCCGCAAGUGGAACUAAAAAUCAAUCUAGACGAAUGUUUGCAUGCACAAGGUGUGAACCUUAAUAUUUGUUUCAUUAUGAGACUUUUAUGGAACACGUGCAACAGUCCACAAGAAAGUUCUGGUAUAGUAAUCACACAAAUGUAAUUAAUGAUAGAGCAUUUAAAAAUAGGGAAUGAACAAACUACAGAUAGACUGAAGGUUGCGGAAGAAUUUAAUCGCCAGGUGACAGUUGAUGUUGUCUUUAUUUUUGCUGGAAAUAACAAUCUCGAGCAAAGGCAAUGUGAAUCAAUUACUUAACCUUGAUCCGAAGAAGUCUUAUGGGCCAGCAGCAUCUCCACUGCAUCCCUGAACAUACAUUGAGUUGGUGGUCUUACUUCCUACAAACUGUCAUACUUCAUGUCUUGCUUACUUUGCAGAAUUGCUAGAAACUGGUAAAUUGCCUAGUGACUGGUCAGCUGAUAUAGUAAUCCAUGUGUUCAAAAGAGGAAAUAAAUCAUAGGUACAUAAUUGUUACCUCUUUUUUUUUACUUGUGUAUGUUGUAAAAUAAAACAUAUUAUAUUUAUAUAUUA